GUCUGGACUAAGUACAACAGAGCCAUCUCAGGAGUUUUCUGCAGAGAAACGACGCGAUCAGAGAGAUGGCGGUAGCAUGGAUUCGAGUUCUGUUUAUGGUGGUUUGCUUGUUUCCUGUGUUGGUUCAGUGCAGGAUUCGGCAUUACAAGUUCAAUGUGGUGAUGAAUAAUACAACCAAGCUGUGCUCAAGCAAGCCCAUAGUGACAGUAAAUGGCCUUUUUCCUGGCCCAACUGUAUCAGCAAGAGAAGGUGACAGAGUUCUUAUCAAGGUGGUAAAUCAUGUCAAGUACAAUCUCAGCAUCCACUGGCAUGGCAUUCGUCAGAUUCGGACUGGUUGGGCUGAUGGUCCAGCAUAUAUAACACAGUGCCCAAUACAACCAGGCCAGAGUUAUGUAUACAAUUUCACUGUAACAGGGCAAAGGGGCACCCUCUGGUGGCAUGCACAUAUUCUAUGGCUUAGGGCCACUGUCCAUGGGGCUAUAGUCAUCUUACCUAAACCUGGAGUGCCUUACCCUUUUCCAGCACCAGAUAAAGAAGUUGUGGUUCUAUUAGGAGAAUGGUGGAAAUCUGAUGUUGAGGCUGUGAUUAAGGAAGCUACCAAAUCAGGCUUAGCACCAAAUGUCUCUGAUGCCCACACUAUUAAUGGGCAUCCGGGGCCUGUCUCAACCUGCUUAACACAAAGAGGAUUCAAUUUACCAGUAGACACUGGAAAAACCUACAUGCUACGAGUCAUCAACGCUGCUCUUAAUGAAGAACUUUUCUUCAAAAUCGCGAACCAUAAGCUCACAGUAGUGGAAGUCGAUGCUGCCUACGUAAAACCUUUCAAAACAGACACAAUACUCAUAGCCCCUGGCCAAACCACAAAUGUCCUAGUCAAAGCAAAUCAAGAAAGUGGCAAAUACUUAGUUGCAGUUUCCCCAUUCAUGGACGCGCCAAUAUCAGUUGAUAAUGUAACUGCCACAGCAACCUUGCAUUACUCCACCGCGGUACCCUCUAGUGUUACCACAACCUUAACCGCCCCACCACCUCAAAAUGCCACUGCAUUAGCUACUAAAUUCAGUGACUCCCUCCGAAGCCUCAACUCAAAAAAAUAUCCAGCUCAAGUGCCAUCAGAAGUUGAUCAUUCACUUCUUUUCACAAUUGGGCUCGGAGUGAACCCUUGUGCCACAUGUGUUAAUGGAAGCAGAGUUGUAGCGGAUAUCAACAAUGUGACAUUUGUGAUGCCGAAAAUUAAUCUUCUUCAAGCACAUUACUUCAAAAUCAGUGGAGUUUUUACUGAUGACUUUCCUGGGAAGCCAAUAAUGCCAUAUAAUUAUACCGGAACACAGCCUAAAAAUUUUGCAACAGUCAAAGCGACCAAACUUUACAGGCUCGCGUAUAAUUCAACCGUGGAGCUAGUGUUACAAGGUACAGGAAUGGUAGUUCCUGAAAAUCACCCAAUUCAUUUACAUGGAUUUAAUUUCUUUGUUGUCGGAAGAGGAGUUGGAAAUUUCAAGAAAAAAGACCGCAAGAAGUUUAAUCUUGUUGAUCCUGUUGAGCGGAACACUGUUGGAGUUCCUUCGGGUGGAUGGACUGCUAUAAGAUUCAGGGCGGACAAUCCAGGUGUUUGGUUCAUGCAUUGCCAUUUAGAAGUACAUACCACAUGGGGAUUAAAAAUGGCAUUUGUUGUGGACAAUGGGGAAGGCCCCAAUGAGUCUAUUUUACCACCCCCACCAGAUUUUCCCAAGUGUUGAGGCUUUAAUUAUGAUCUUCACUCAUAAAAGAUGGAGUACUUUGAAUGAUCUCAUUUCAUAAAUUUGAACCUAGGUGUAUUUUUUAUAUCAAAUAUGUAAGUAAUUCUUGUACAUGAAACAAAAGAUGCAGAGCAUGUUUCAAUAAAUCGGCCAAAGCUUCUUUCUUUUGAAAA